UCCAACUGCCUCGCAGCCGGCCCUGAAACGAGCGAUUUGUUUAACACCAGCCUUUGUCCCUGCUUUAUUCUGGGAGCCUGACACUUGCAGUGCAGCUACUAAAAUAAAUCUGUAGCUGCCCAGUGUAUCAGGACGUACUUGCGCUUGUCCUUUAGGUCCUGCUCUUCUCUUUGUAAAGAUGAGCCAAGGAAAAGAAGAAGGAAGAAGGUUUUAUGCUUGUUCAGCUUGUAGGGAUAGGAAAGAUUGUAACUUUUUCCAGUGGGAAGAUGAGAAGGUGUCAGAAACUAGGCUUGCAGCACGUGAAGAAUAUAAUAGAAAUCAUCAGCCUUCUUUUACUCACAGACAGAAUGUGGAAAGGUAUUGUUCCUAAACAUAUUUCAUUCAGUUAAAACAGUGUAAUGUAAGUUGAGGUACUGUGAAUGUAGAUGCAAUGUUUCGAGGUUCUUUAAAAUAUGAAAACAUUCCGAAGGGACUUAGGAAAAUGAGAACUGGUUGACUGCAAAGGGAAAAUAACAUGAAACAUGCAAUUAGAUCAUGAUAUUUUCAACCUGGAAAUUGUAUCUUUUUUUCAUACGUGUAUUUCUUCUUACAUCGUUGCUCAUAACGUACUAACAACAGGCCAGUAGCAGUUUGAGUUCAAAAAAUUCCUGAUUUCUCAGUGAACUAUGCAAAAAUGACAGGCUAUAACUUAACAUUGUGCAAACAAGCAAAGGUAAUACGGUAACAAAUCUCUUGAGUUUUGUGUAUAAGCAUACAGGACUGCUCGCUAGUAGCGGAUAUAGGGCCUUCACUCUGUACUCCAGUAAUUUUAUGGGGAGUCUCAACACAUUUGGCUAGUGUGUUAUAUACUUGCUUUCAGGGGAGGCUUUUUCAAAGUGUACUUUGAAUGUUUUCUCAUAAAUAUUAUUUCAUUCACUUAUAGCUGGUGGAUUUUUGUAAGAGCAGCGUAAACUAUAUGCCUUUUAAAUGUUCAGAUUCGUAUAAAAUAUGAACCCCUCCUUUAUAUCUUUUAUGGAGAACUUUUCAAAAUGUGUUCCUUACUGUCUUUUGUAUUUAAAGAUACAAUAAUUUUGUUCUUUUGCCGUUAUAAAAAAAGGAAUGCCAGCAAUUGCUGUUGCCAGCUGAAUGGGAAGAACACUGUGGUCACCAGUUCCUAUGCAAUAUCUCCACUGCCCAGUUAAAAAGUCCCAGUCAACUUCUGUAUCCGCUGGAGAAUAAGAAAACAAAUGCGCAGUAUUUAUUUGCAGACAGAAGUUGCCAGUUCCUGCUGGACCUUAUUAUUGCUUUAGGAUUCAGACGAGUGCUCUCUGUUGGAACACCUAGGCUACAUGAAAUGAUCCAAUCAAAAGCAUCACAAGAAGAAGAUUUCAGAGUUAGAAGCCUUCUGCUAGAUAUUGAUUUCAGGUAUUCACAGUUUUAUACAGAGGAUGAAUUCUGCCACUAUAACAUGUUUAAUCAUUAUUUCUUUGGUGGAGAGGCUGCACAUGAAACUUGCAGGCAAUUCUUCUAUCAGGACAAAGAUGAAAAGGUCAUUAUGGUGACUGAUCCUCCAUUUGGAGGAUUAGUGGAAGCACUGGCUUCUAGUUUUAAAAAGCUAAUGGCAAUGUGGAAGGAGACAAACAAAGAAGGUCAUAACAGCCAAGAGAUGCCCAUGAUCUGGAUAUUUCCAUACUUCUUUGAGUCUCGCAUUCUUGAAUUUUUCCCGAGCUUCAAUAUGAUGGAUUAUCAGGUAGAUUAUGAUAAUCAUGCACUUUAUAAACAUGGCAAGACAGGUCGUAGACAGUCCCCUGUUCGUAUCUUCACCAACAUCAGCCCAAGUACGAUUGUACUUCCUGUCGAAGAGGGUUAUAGGUUAUGUGCUAUCUGUCAGCGAUAUGUUAGCUCUGGUAACCAGCACUGUGAGAUAUGCAAUUCAUGUACAUCAAAAGAUGGUAGACGAUGGAAGCAUUGUGCUCUUUGCAACAAAUGUGUCAAACCGUCUUGGUUUCACUGUAGUAAUUGCAAUUGCUGUGCUCUUCAAGACCAUGCUUGUGAGAGGACUGAAGCUGGUUGUUUCGUUUGCGGCAAAGCAGGUCACAAGCGCAAUUCCUGUCCCAGGCUCUCCCUCACUAAAACAGCUUGCCAAACUGACAAAAAGAAAAGGCAGAAGACUCCAAAGAAGGUAAAGAUGGGGAUCUGUAAAAGAUCAGCUGUGAAACAUGCAAUAUUCGCCAGGAAAAGAAUAAAGAAGAAGAAGAAGAGGCCCAGCCUUCCUUGUUGAUACAAAGUGACCCAAAAUUUUUUUUAUAGCCUGCUUUGAUUCCAUAUUCUGACCGUGUUAAUAUUAAUGUUCAAAAUAAAACCUGAUUGAACUCAAA